UCUAUUUUACCUCGAGCUCAAAAACAAAAUGGUGGUAGCGAAGGCAGAAGCCGUGAUUCCUAUCGUUGUUGUGUCGUUGUUUUGGCUCGGUGUUGGAGCUGUAGCACCAUGGUUUAUCUCAGGACCAAAUAGAAGGUUUAUUCAAGUUCUGUUUUGCACUGUAAAAUUUAUUUCUCUGUCGGGACUUUUUUUGUAUAUGAAGUGUACACUGUCACUGACUCACUGUAUUUAUAUAUGAAUUAUUAAAUUAUUGUGUUUCUAGUACGAUGCGGACGAUGAUUGCAUUAACAGCCGUUUGUUGUUGGUUAUUGUAUCCUUUUAUAUGCCAGGAAUUCAGGAAACAUAUAAAUAUUUAUACCAAACUAUGAUUUGAAUUUUAGUGUUUGGCUUUCAGGCAGGGGGGGGGGGGGCAUAGGAUUGAUGGAAGACAAAUGUUUCCAGUAGUUGUUAUCUGUUAUCAGAUUGGCAUUUCCAAGCAUUUUUCAAAUAUCCUUAACCCAUUGACUUGCAUAGCACCUAUUUUACUCUGUCUAAUGCCAGAUGAUUUUAUUCGUCAAGGGAAGAGUGCUGGUGCUCAAUGGUUUUAACUGCAUCAGAAACCAGCCCAAUAAAUUGCAGUGUGUCAACAUACUUUGAACACAUGAAACUAUUCAAGUUUUAGUACAUACGCAUGAAAAUGUAACCCCAAUGUUAUGAGCAUCCUUCUUCCCCAGUGUGCAAAGUUUGAAUCGUGCAACCAUUACCAAGACACUGGCCAUGCAUUUUUAAUCCUUUAUGUAUAUUUACUAUUAAAUUUUCGACAUCACCGGUUAUAUUCCUUAAUCAAAGUGCAGCUGGCUUAUCGGCUACAUGUGUCAACUUAAUCCAAUAAUAGGACCAACUUUGAAAGAGGAAGAAUACAACGCCAUUCAACUUGAAUGGAAAUAAGCAAAUGGAGUAAUGAAGGUAAGCUCCAUUUUAAUGCCCAGGCUUGUGUCUUGUCUUGUAGUCAGCUACAGGGAUGAAUCCCAUACUACUAGCUCAGUCUGUGAUGUGUUGAUAUAAUGAAGCACGGUUACCUUACCAUCGUUACCUACCUUGGUUAUUACAUAACCUCAUUAAGUUGCAAUUGCACCCUACCUUAUGAUUUUAUUCUGUCUAAUGCCAGAUUAUUUUACUUUGUCUAAUGCCAGACGAUUCUCCUUAUCAGAGGAAGAGUGCUGUCGGAUUAAUAUAAUUCACUGUCUUUUCUAGAUUGUGCUAAAACCAAUAUAAAUAAUGGCAAACAUUUUUGGACAUUUCAAAUGAAGAAGAAAUACUUGCUGUUAUGUAUUUAUGUUUUAUAGGCAAUUAAUUGUUACUGGGUUGGUAAAACUAUUUAAGGGGAAACAACAUUAAUAAUAAUUAUAGUAAGAAUUUGGUAUAAGUAUUAGAUUGUAGUUCAGAAAAUCCUUAGCUUCAAUUUUCUAUAUGUACUACACUGUAUGUAUUUCCUGGUGGUAUUACAUGCUAAUAAAUUCAACUAUUUCUAAUAAAAGAUAAAAAAAUUAUUGCAUUUUGUUACACAUAAUUACAGUUAUACAGUUGAUGUUUUUGUCACUGCUAAACUCCUUGAGUAAUAGUGAAAUCAUCCAUUGAUGUUCGACCUUCGAGUUUUAAGUUCU